AAAUAUUUCAAACUCCAAUAGCAACAAAACGCAAUCACAAAAACAUGGGAAAAACACUCAAAUCAAUUUCGUUUAAUUAGCAUUCUCGUGCUGUGUUGUCGUCGCUGAUUGAAUAACGGGAAAGUGUGAAAAGUUUCUCCGCAUCGCAGUUCGGUAGUGGAAAUGUUUUUCAUUAUUAGCGAAGGGCGAAAGGCUGCCCACUAGUUAGUGAAAACCUGUAACCGUGGCUACUGACGGCGGCAAGAUGGGGACACCCAAACCGGAUAUAAACGAGUACCAGAUGCUGGAACGGAUAGGCAGUGGAACGUACGCGACGGUGUAUCGAGCAAUGAAGAAGGCAACGAAGGACAUCUUUGCCAUCAAGUGUGUGGAAAAGGCAUCGCUGUCUAAAACCGCUGUAGAUAACAUCAUCACGGAGAUUAGCUUGCUGAAGAAGCUCAAACAUCAGCACAUAGUAGAGAUGAAGGACUUUCUCUGGGACGAUCGAUUCAUCUACAUCGUGAUGGAGUACUGCAACGGGGGAAGUCUGUCCAGUUACAUCCGCCAGAAGCAGCAGCUAAGUGAAAUGACAUGCAAAAUAUUUCUACGCCAGCUGGCACUGGCCUUGCGUUACAUGCGGCAGAACGACGUUUGCCACUUCGAUCUAAAACCGCAGAACUUACUGCUGAUGCGUGGAACCAGUGGCCACGGAGUCGAACUGAAGGUAGCGGACUUUGGUUUCGCUCAACAUCUAAAACUUGGACAAGAGAAUACCUCGAUCAAGGGGUCCCCUCUGUACAUGGCUCCAGAGAUUUUACUGAAGCACUGUUACGACGCGUCAGCCGAUUUGUGGAGUAUCGGAGUAAUUCUCUACGAGUGUCUUUUCGGAAAGGCACCCUACAGCUCACAGUCACUACAGGAACUGAUUGACAAGAUUCGCUCUAACAGACGGAUAGAAGUUCCGAAAACACACCGUAUUUCACCCGAGUGUGAAGAUCUUCUUUCCAGGCUGCUGCAACGAUCUCCCAAAGAUCGAAUAACAUUCGAGGAUUUUUUCAAGCAUGCAUUUCUAGAUUUAAAGCACGCUCCUUCGGAGGAGAAUCUUGAAAAGGCAAUCGCUCUGAUCAACGAAGCCAUCGAACAGGACAAGCAGCAGGAUUACGAUGCUGCCUAUCGAAGCUACUGCCGUGGGCUGCAAUACUUCGUUCCGAUCAUUCAAGCCGAAACGAGUCCUUCCAAGAAACAAAUCUUGCGAAAGCGGAUUCAAACCUAUCUGAACCGUGCAGAGGAAAUUAAACAUUCCUUCCGGGCGGAGAAAACCCCAUCCGUGCCAGAUGCGACGACAUCAUCACAACCAGAAGCGAAAACAGUUCCAGUAUCUCGAACCGAGCAAAUCCAGCGCGCCCUGGAGCCAUCCGAUCUGUACAAACAGCUGUACGCGCUUGCUUCGUCCAGUCCGGAACUAAAGUCGGCACUGGAAAUCGGGCGCCAAGCCGAGCUAUACGCCUUGGAAAACCGGUUAGACGUCGCACUGGAGUCCUACAAAACCGUCCUAGGAAAAUUGAUGCCCCUGCUGGGGCUUGAGCUGCGUGGUUCCAAGCGGAGGGAUCUUUUACACCAGCAAAUCGUGCGCUGGAUGGAACAGGCCGAACAAAUCAAAACAGUGCGCUCUGCGCAGAUCCUGGAGGAGAUGGAAAACGGGACGGCCACCAAUUAUAACUGUUGCCUGCAGUGAGGCGAAGAAAUUAUUUUUAUAGCUUACAAAAUAUUCUAGAUGUGCUUUUGUUUUUGAGACAAAUAUUAAUUGCUUUUUCUACAAUUAC